AUGGUCAAGUUUCAGAAAGAAAACAACGGUUAUUCCUACGUUCUCGUGGUGAUAGACGUGUACUCAAAAUUUCUAUCGGUGAAUCCUCUAAAAGACAAAACAGGGGCAUCCGCAACAAAGGCUCUUCGUGAGAUUCUCAGCGAGGGGAGACAACCUAGCAGGAUUCGCACCGAUAAGGGGCAAGAAUACAGAUCACAGGAAGUAAACUCUAUUCUAAAUCAAUACCACAUCCAUCAUCUUUAUACCGAGAACGAAACCAAGGCUGCCGUGUCCGAGCGCGUUAUCAAGACCAUCAAGUCAAGAAUGUAUAGAUUUUUUACACACUUAAGGAUUUACGAAUACGUGACAAAACUCCAGACGUUCGCCGACAGCUACAACAAGAUGUAUCACAUGACCCUAGGGACAACUCCAACUAAGGUUAACAAAAAUAACGAAAUAUCUGUCUGGUGGAGGAUGUACUGGCCGUAG